UUUCAAUCUAAAGUGAAAGUAGGAUAAAAAUGGCGGGAGUAGAAGAAAUGGAAUCUCAAACUGAUGAUAAGGAAAACUCAUCUGAGAAAAUUGUGAAAACAAAAGAGAAAAAUUCUAACCAGGAUAGUGAGAAGUUGAUGAAGCUGCCGUUGAGCAGAAUUAAAUCGAUCAUGAAAAGUGACCCUGAUGUGACGUUAGCAAGCCAAGAAGCAGUGAUCACUAUAGCUAAAGCCACAGAAUUGUUUAUAUGGGAAUUGUCGAAGGAUGCAGUUCACAGCACAUUACAAAGUAAAAGGAAGACACUACAGAGAAAGGAUCUGGAUUGUAUACUUGAUACAAGAGAUUGCUAUUUAUUUCUUGAAGGAACUCUGGACUGAAAUUCAUGUACUCAUUUUACUACAGUACAGAACUCUCAAAUCAAAUUGGAUUUCUUCAACAGAAUGGGAAGUGUGUAUGAAAUGUUUCUAGUGGUGACUCUCAGUGCUUAAAAUGUGCUGGCCACUGAAGUAAAAUUAUAGACACAUUGUCAUCAUUGUUAAUCAUUACAUCACUGUGUUCUGUGAAUAUUUAGAAAUGUAUAAAAAUUGUAAAUGAAUAUGCAUUUAUCAGUAUAUUGUUCAAUCACAUCUUGUGUUUUUCUAAAAUGGUUUUUAAAUGAUUUAAUAAUGAAAAAUAUAUGUUCCAUUUCUC